CUUUCCAACUGACUGCACACGCGCCCACUCUACCCACCACACCCGGCUCCGCUGCUCCCAUGGCCGCGCCUACCUCCCCGGCGAGCCCCGCCGCGGGCCUGAAGGCGCCCCUCCCGACCAUGGGAGACAUCAUGGCGGCGUCGCGUGCGCAGGGCCUGCGCGUGCGCCUGCGCACGGUCGGCCCCUUCUUCCGCGUCACGGCCACCUGCGGUGAGGGGGAGGACGCGGUGGAGCUUGGCCGCGCCGAGGGCGGCGUUAGGCCAUGGCCCGGCGGCGCCGUGCUGCACCUCGACUCCAUGCGGAUGACGCGCGCCACGCUGAGCGUCUCCGACCGGCCGCUGUUCGGGCUGGGGAUGUUCCUGGGCGCCGUCGCCGUGCGACAUGGUUUCGACGCUGGGUGCAAGCGCGCCGAGCUGCUGGCUAUCAACGACACGCCGCUCUACCACGACAAGCUCAUUAGAUUCUAUACAAGGAUGGGCUUCAAAGCAGUUCAUGAAGUGGAUGGAUCAUCAAUCACAGAUCUUGCUCACAUGUUGGUGUGGGGAGGUAGGGGUACAAGAAUGGAUGCUGAUAUUGAAGAGCUUCUCAUUAAGUGGGGAAAAAGAUUCAGGCCUCAAGACUAAAGAUUGAUUAGUUUUGUUGAGACUUGCACUUUUUGCAGCACACAAAUCUUGAUUGGACACAAUGAGCCUAAGAUGAUGCUAUUUUUCCUUGGCCAUUUGACAAUGUGAUCACUACUAGGACUACAUACUGAUUUGUAUCAUAGGCCAAAACCAAAAACCACUUCUGUGUAGCAAAUCUAUUUUGCUGGUGAUGUCAGACGCCAACAAGAAUUUGUACAACGAAGCUCGUUGAGGCUCCGCAAUCACUUGGAAGAGCAGCUUCUAAGGGGAUAAGUUAGAAGAGUGGAAGCAUCCAAGGUCCUAUCUAUGACAGUUCAAGUAAAAGGAGUGUAGGUGAGCACUGCAGCAUGGUUCGAUUCAUCCUUAAACUCGCUAUAAGAGAGAAGCGCCAUUAUUGUGCUGUAAAGUUUCAGCUGCACGCAAAAGGAUGUUCUUUAUAGAUAAUUGAGGUAAUAUCUGGCCUCUUAACCAACAAUGGACACAAGGAUGUUUGAUUCCCACGAUACCUUUUUAAUAAUAUUGCUAGUGUAAAAUAACGAUCUUA